AUGUCAUCGUCAGCGCCUCAACCCGUGUCCUCGUCGGCAGAGCCACGAGACCCGGUACAGAACCUCACCGAUGCUACCGCCAAGGUGGACUUGAACGCACAACCCGACCAGAAGCAGCCAAAGCAGCCAAAGCAGCCAAAGCAGCAACAGCAGCAACAGCAGCAACAAAAGGGAGAGAAGAAGCCAAAGGCAAAGAAGGAGAAUGCAGAUGGUGCGCCAAAGGCUCCCCUCGAGUUCUCUCCCAAACCCGCCUACUUCGACCACCGCAUCGCCAUGUUUGAAAAGCUCAAGGCAGAGCAAGACGCCGAAUUCGCCGCAAAGCCCCGUCAGCCCAUCACCGUCACCAUGCCUGACGGUUCCAAGCGUCAGGGUACCUCAUACGAGACCUCGCCCAUGGACAUCGCGAAGGAGAUCUCUAAGUCGCUCUCCGAACGCAUCGUCAUCUCCAAGGUCGAUGACAACCUCUGGGAUCUCGAACGUCCCUUGGAGGCUGACUGCAAGCUCGAGCUUUUCGACUUUGAGUCGCCCGAGGGCAAGCGUGUCUUUUGGCACUCCUCCGCUCACGUUCUCGGUGAAGCAUGCGAAAAGCACUACGGUUGUCAUCUGUGUAUCGGACCUCCCACCGAAGAGGGCUUCUUCUACGAGAUGGCUAUGGGCGACUCCGGCGACCGCAUGAUUACCCAGGGCGACUUCAACGCGCUUGAGACGCUCAUCAAGAAUAUCACCAAGGAGAAGCAAAAGUUCGAGCGCCUCGUCGUCUCCAAGCAGCAGCUCCUCGAGAUGUUCCACUACAACAAGUACAAGCAGCACAUCAUCCAAUCCAAGAUCCCCGACGGCACCUCCACCACCGUCUACCGUUGCGGCCCCAUGAUUGAUCUCUGCGUCGGCCCGCACAUUCCUCACACGGGCCGAAUCAAGGCCAUGACCGUACUCAAGAACUCAGCCUCCUACUUCCUCGGCGACCAGAACAACGACUCGCUCCAGCGUCUGUACGGCAUCUCGUUCCCAGACGCAAAGCAGAUGUCCGAGUACAAGCAGUUCCUCCUCGAGGCCGCCAAGCGCGACCACCGCAAGAUCGGCAAGGAGCAGGAGCUCUUCAUGUUCCACGAGCUGUCCCCUGGCUCGUGCUUCUGGCUGCCCCACGGCGCGCGUAUCUACAACACGCUGCAAGAGUUCAUCAAGUCCGAGUACCGCCAGCGUGGCUUCGACGAGGUGGUCACCCCCAACAUGUUCAACUCGAAGCUCUGGCAGACUUCGGGCCACUGGCAGAACUACAAGGACGACAUGUUUGUGCUCGGCGUCGACAAGGAGCAGUUUGCGCUCAAGCCCAUGAACUGCCCCGGUCACUGUCUCAUGUUUGCUUCGCGCGAUCGAUCGUACAAGGAGCUGCCGCUGCGUUUGGCCGACUUUGGUGUGAUCCACCGCAAUGAAGCUUCGGGCGCGCUCAGCGGUCUUACCCGCGUGCGCCGUUUCUGUCAGGACGACGCCCACAUCUUCUGCAUGUCGAGCCAGAUCGAGCAGGAGAUGGCCAGCUGCUUCGACUUCCUCCAGCGCGUCUACGGACUGUUCGGCUUCACCUUCAAGCUCGAGCUCUCGACUCGUCCGGACAAGUUCCUCGGUGAUAUUGAGACUUGGAACGCUGCCGAGGCUCGUCUGGCUGCGGCUCUCGACAAGUUCGUGCCGGGCAAGUGGGAGUUGAACCCGGGCGAUGGUGCCUUCUACGGUCCCAAGAUCGACAUUACCAUCUCGGACGCCAUGCGUCGUCAUCACCAGUGCGCCACCAUCCAGCUCGACUUCCAGCUGCCGCAGCAGUUCAAGCUCGAGUACCGCACCGCCGUCUCGCAGGGAGGAGAGACGCAGGCCGAGCGACCCGUCAUGAUCCAUCGUGCCAUUGUCGGUUCGCUCGAGCGCUUUAUUGCCAUUCUCACCGAGCACUUUGCCGGCAAGUGGCCGUUCUGGCUCAGCCCGCGUCAGGUGCUCGUGGUGCCCGUCACCAACACGGUGUUCGACUACGCCAAGAGCGUCCAGCAGCGUCUGUGGGACGAAGGCUUCUUUGCCGAUGUGGACCUGAGCGACAACACGCUGCCCAAGAAGGUGAGGAACGGCGAAAUCGCCCAGUACAACUUUGUCUUUGUCGUGGGUCACGAAGAGAUGCAGACCAAGAGCGUCAACAUCCGCAACAGGGAUGAUGCCAACCAGAAGGGCAAGGCCGAGACCAUGGAUUUGGAGAAGACGGUGCAGCUGCUCAAGUCGCUCAAGUCGGAGCGAAGGUUGGAGAACAAGCUGGCUUGA